AUGCUCUCAUUUGACCAAAUCCCAGAUGAAAUCAUCCACCAAAUACUACAUUACAUCUCACCAGAAGACAACUUAGUCUCAGUGAGCCCCCUGUCGAAACGCCUGAGCCGGCUUUCCAACGAGCCGAUUUUGUGGCGAUACUACUGUUUGCACGCCUUCAAGUUCUGGCAUCCUAGUCACAAGUUCAAUGAGAAACUCGACGAGCCUGCGUCCAGCGUUCUAUGGAAGCAGUUAUUUCUAUUCCGCAAGAGAAGAGACGCCAAGGCUGCAAGCCAGUUCAGUGGAAUAUUGGCCACCAAACAUGGCCGAGUAAGGAAUUUUGAAGAUAUCUGUUUGCUUGGUCUUGACGCCAAGGACUUUCUCUUGGAUCAGGCCCAGACCCCAGAUCAUGUCGAAGAUGUCCUGGCCAGAAGGUAUUUCAGUAAUGCCAUUCUCGCCAGUAUGCGCCGCGGGACCGCCAUUCAAAUUUGGGACGACCUUCGCAGUGAUGAGGCACACGAAGCCUGGAUACCCAACCAAGUUCCGAAAGUUGUGCCCAGAAGGCUAGAGCGCGCGCUUGCUGCUUUUGACAUGUUUGUCAUACAGGGCGACGUGGGUGAUAUAGAUCACGUUUCCAGGCUUCUUGACAAACUCGCAGCCGACUUCCGGAACAGUCACCCCGAGUUCGAUGGGCUUUGCGUUCGGGAAAGGGCAUUGACUCUGAAUCGUUGGGUCAGAUCCAACAAUCUCACCGGUAUGGUCGACCCUGAGACCAACUAUCGCAACCUACGGAACUGUCUCCUUGGUCAUGCGCUGCGAAAUCCGGCUCAUCAGUCGCUUCCAAUGGUUUCAGCGGCGAUUUUCUGCUGCGUCGGCGAGAGGCUGGGAUUGAACGCCCACUGCUGUGCCCUACCAGGUCAUGUGCUUGCGAUGGUCUUUGCGACGCCAGAAGUCACAUUGGAUGGCUCCAGAGUCACGGAUCCAUCAAGACAACUUGAGAGGAUGUACUUGGAUCCAUACGGUGGCGAUGAAGAGUUCAAUAAGGAGACACUACGGCAGUUCAUUGCCCAGGUCGGGUGGCAUAGUCUAGAUGUCGAAGCAAUGGCCCCGGCCGCCGUAUCAACCAUGAUUGGGCGCCUCGCACACAAUAUACGGCAUACCAACCUCGUUUACACGUCUCAGGACGUGUCUAUAGAGAGAUUGGCUGGACUCGAGGCUGGGACCGCUCUCCAGAACCUUGAGUUAUCCGUCUACGCCGCCGCCUGGGCAACAACUCUCCUGGACCCGGAUGCUUUCGUCGAUGUGACAUCGCAUUUCGCCCUACGAUUCAACUCACUGCGCUUUGAUGACGCCUGGAUUGUGGAAAAGAUUUAUACUACCCGGCCUCAACCGCAUGGCGAUGUGUUUCUUGCUGCUCCGAAUCCAGAAUACAUCCUUCGCCUCAUUCGCCGGGCAGAUGAGAAGCAACCUGUGAUUCGUGACUCACAGACGAACCUGGAGUAUAAGAUUGGCAAUGUUGUCCGGCAUGGCAGAUACGGCUUUGUUGGGGUUGUGACCGGCGGGGAGACGGCUCCUCAAGGAUCGUUCCUGUACUACAGGCUAUUGACUCCUCCAAACAUGCAAGGGACCUUUUCUUUGGUCAAGGCCUCAAGCCUCGAACUCGUGCGCGACCCUGAAGAGGCAGAAGCAGCCUUGUUCCCCGACACUGGAUUAUUCUUUAGGCGAUUCGAUAGAGAAAGGUGCACAUUAAUCCCUUCCAACGACGAGGUGGUCUAUACGCCAGUGUAA